UACCUUAUUUUCCAGCAGACCAGCGCAGAGUGAAUAGCUGUUAGAGGUAUGUCGGCCGAGAACUCAACCCUAAAAUCAGCCGGGAAAAACAAGGUUUCUGGCCUAGCAACAGCGUAUCUUGUCUUGUACAAUGUAGUCCUCUGUGCAGGAUGGCUGUCUGUAGGUGCAAUGGGGGUACGUUACUAUCUCCAAGAAGGUACCAAUGUGGGUCUCUAUGAUGCCAUUGAACUACCCCUCAAGGCCUUUCAGACAGCUGCCAUUCUUGAGGUUGUCCAUUGCCUAAUUGGAAUCGUGCCAUCCUCGGCGGUUCUAACUGCAUUUCAGGUGACGUCCCGUCUGGUCAUUCUGUGGCCUGUCACCCAUAGUGUAAUAGAGGUUCAGAAUGAGAAGAGUAUUAUUCUGUAUGUAAUGGCUUGGACCAUUACUGAAGUGAUACGCUAUGCAUUCUAUGUCUUUGCCCUGCUCAACCGUCUACCAUACGUGCUAAUGUGGCUACGAUAUACCCUCUUCAUUGUCCUUUACCCCAUUGGUGUAACAGGUGAGCUGUGGACUAUCUACCUUGCAUUACCAUACGUGAAGAGCACAGGACUCUAUUCUCUAGAGUUACCAAACGACUACAACAUUUCCUUUGAUUACUACAGCGUCCUUAUCUUCCUCAUGAUUCUCUAUAUUCCAAUUUUCCCAAGGCUGUAUUCACACAUGCUGAGACAGAGGAAGAAAAUGCUUGGCGGCGUCCCGGGCACCAAGAGAGAUUAACCCCACCCUCACACUUUAUUUGUUUUCUACAUUUGUAAUUUCUGUUGAUUCUGAUGCAGUUUGAGCUAGAAUGAAUUCUAUGAAUAGACCAUUGAUAUCAAUAAAUAGAUAUAGCUACAAUGCAGAUAUACCCUGCUAUUUUGGGUAAUGGGGGCAAUUGUAAAAUGAAAAUAUCGGGAUAUUGUUUUUCUCAUUUAUAUCAUUAGUCAGUAGGCCUGGGAGUAAAAAUCGAUUAAUCGAAUGGCUUGCCGCCAAUCGCUAUUCGAUGAGCUAAGUUUUCACUUAUCAAAUGUUCGGCAGGACCCAAUUAGACAUUUUGGAUAACUCGAAUACUCGCAAGUAGUAAAAAAUGACAAGAUAACAAUGAUAACAAUUAAUUCUAAAAUAUCUGAUACAGGUUUGGAAAUGAUGUUACCGAGGCAAUUUAUAAAAAAGAGAAAUAAUCAAAUGGUAAAAAUGAUAUUGGUCCCAUGCUCAUUUAAUAGUCAGUAUUACUUGUAGUAAGGAUUUAUAAUAGUAGAGUACCACAUGAAAUUAUUUCUCACAUACAAAGGUUUAUAAUUUUAGGCAACUCACAUUGAAUGAGCUCAACUUGCCAUGUCUUUAUUGAUAGUGGAUUGAAAAGGUAGAGAGAAUUAGAAUGAGAGAAAGAGAGGGGUAUAUUAGAAUCCUUUUCACUAUAUAUUGAAUAUAAUGAAUACAAUUUUUUUUUAAAUUAGAUCUGCUGGAUAUUUUCAUGAAAGUGCUGUAUUCGACUUUUACAGAUUACUUAAUUGCCAAAUUUGCUCAUUAUUACAGAUUCCGGCAUUGCCAGUUAUUUAAUAUUUAGAAGGAAAUCUGAUAGAUAUGAGAUUUUUUGUUUCUGUCAACAUAACAUUGAUGUUAUGUGGCCUUUUGCUGUGUACACUAUGCAAAUUAAUGGCUUUAAAUGGAAAAAUAUAUAGCAAAGUCAAUGUUGGCAGCUAUUUUUUUUCAUGCAUUUGGCUCAUUGAUCUAUAAUGCUCAGAUAAUGAAUCUGAAAUGCUAAUAUGAAGAACUUUCUGCCUAAAUCUGCAAUAUUGGAUAGAGUGUAAUGAAUGAAGUUUCCAGGGCUCUUGAGACUAUCGGGGGCUAAAUCGCCCCGUGCCCCUGUGUUAUUUUUUCCUUGCAUCACUGUUCUGGGAGGAGGGGAGCUCAACCAAGGAUUAUUGGAUUUGUCAGGGUGCCGAUGGGGGUCAUCAAGUAAAGUUGUCUACCAUUGAGAGUUGCCCUUGACCAUCUCAAACAAUAAUUGCUUGAUAGACUCAUGGCAGUCAUAUCAUAAGGUGGUUUCAAACCGCCUCGAUCACAAGAAUCCCUGUUAAAUUACGGGAACUUUUUUAGGCUAAAAAAUACCCAUUAAUUAUUCCUGCAUUCACACCGCCACGAAACAUACCUUUCGGGAUAAGUUCCUGAAGUUACGAGCAUGCGCAGUAUGGUCUGUAUAAGCAGGCAAGGCGCGAGAUUCAAAAUCACUAGCCCAGCAGCCACCCACGGCACCCAUGCCCAACGAAACGCUGGGUUAAAAGUUCCCGUAAAUUGCUUUCACAUCGCCCAAAUACCUGCGAC